GUUUUUACAAACGUACGCGAAAAGAUAAGGAACACUCGAUCAUUGUGCCAACAAAUAAACAAACAGAUACUGCACAAAUCCGAUUAACUUCGAUCUACUUUAAUGAAACGUGUACAGAUGCUCAAUGUGAUCUAGCUAUUCGUUAUUUAAUACUGGUAAUCACUGGAAACCCGUUUGUUAUCACCUCAAGGUUAACCUAUGGAUCAUCGGUUCUUACAAGGACAUUAACUAUCACUCCUCAAACUGAUAAUUCCAACAAUCCAUCAGCAAGUCAAGCUCCACUAGCUGGACUGGUUUCUCUUCAGUCUACUACUGUUAAAAAUCAAGUUCUAUCGAACACCAUAACAGCUUUAAAGUUAACACUGACCGUGGUACCCAACAUAUGGCAGACAGUUGACUUUCGACUUUUUGCACCUGGUUCUAGGGGCGACUACAUAUUUCUCAAUCCCAAACUCAUGAGUCAAAGUUCGUUAAUCUCGUAUACCAGCUUAACUGCAUCUACUUUGGACAACAUCAUCAUUGUUGAUAUAGACAAUGCUUAUUAUGAAGGAGUUGCAGGUGAUCCAGUAUCACUGCCUGAAAAUGAGAUAAGCUACUAUAUUGCAUUAUACACUCCAAUUACUAACAGACCAAUAGUAAACUUUACAUAUAACGUGACAAAUGGUUCAGUUUCUUUUUCUGGUAGCUUCCUAUUUUCCACUGUCAUUGGACCAGUAGUAGUGCCAAGUAUUGGUUUGGCAUCUAUGAGUGUGUCUCCUAGUACUACUAACAUAUAUACACAGAUGUGUAAUGGAGGACCAAUUACUUUAACAGCUACUACAUAUCCGUACGGAUCUCGUUGUUCGUAUUUUACACAGUGGGUCAGCCGAUUCACAACUGGUGCUAUAGCCUUGAAUAUAACAAACUCAUCUAUAAUAAACAUUGGAACGGAUUUAUGGAUCCCAACAGCAUUCACUAUGAACAUAAGCUAUGUAGAUAUUUAUACGAGAUUGGAUUUCGGCCCCGUUUGUGUUACAAAUGAUGUCAGUAACUUUGUAAACAUACGAUAUAUUGCUUAUGUAACUGGAGAUUGCAAUGUCACACAAACGACAAGCUAUUCUUUCCCAGUAUAUUUUAGGUCUGUAGAUAAUCCUCAAAACUCUACAGUCAAAUUCAUAGUACUCAACUUCAUACCAACUUUUCCAGUUUACACAAGUAUAAUUGUAGAACAAAGUCAAACAAAUGUAAACCUGCAACCAGGUCAAACAACUACUGUCACUAUAAAGUAUACUCUCCCACUAAAUUCUUUCUAUCCGAAUUCCAAUAUAAAAGUCAUCGGGACCGAUGCCUAUAGUUACAAUGAACCUAUUAUUACGAUCACUGGUUUUCAAAUAAGUGCGGGUUCAAAUUUAGCUCAGGCGAUAUCAACUUACUCAUUUUCUUAUUCACCACUUUAUCAAACAGGACUAAUGAACCAGUUGACAAUUUAUUUUGAUAAUCUCAUUAAUCCCGGCACGGUUAGUGUUCCUCUAAUGCGCAACGCCAUCACUAUUUCAGUGGACAUUAGAUUAAGUGACAGCCAAAUGGUAGAAAAUCGGACUGUUUGGCCGUUGCAGUUCGAAGCCAUAUUUGAUACUGUAAUCAGACUAAGCACGGUAUCUGUAACGUGUAUAAGAACUGGCUUAGAAAAACCGUCAAUCAAGGUUGUAACAUCACAACUGUCAAUGUUCGCGCUCAGUGAUUGCCCUGAUAGAAAUGAGGUCUAUCUUCAAACUCUGGUUCAAAUGAACAAUGGAACAGGACUGGAAUGUGAAAGACAGUCCAUAAUUCUCUAUCUCAGCGCACAAAUACAAUCAGUCGACCUAUUUAAUACAUCUGGAAAUAUAAAUGAUAUUUCACUGAAAUCUCCUCUGAAUUCGAUCAGCAAAUCCGUCCAGUUCACAGCAGGUCGUUUAUACUUUGGUUUGAGUUAUACAACUAUCUUCAAACUGAAGUAUCAACAGUCUUUUGAUUCGUCCAUUGUGAAAUUUCCGGUUUUAGUUGAAGUUGUAUGCAAACCGUAUGAACGUGGUGUGUCCGUCGAGAAUAGUUGUGCACCAGAAACUUUUUAUAAGUUUAGAUCCCAUAUACAUGUUCGAGUUGACUACCGACCGUACACAUAUCCAUGUGACUUACCUCACUAUGUCACAUUGUGGAACUCUGCUGUACAGUUGCCUAAUAGACAAACAAACACAUUUCUAAAUGUUGAUGAUGAUCUGUUUUAUUGUGGGCUUGCUUUCAGUAUGAAGGGUUCAUUUGAUUUGGAGAGCCGUUGCUUCAAGAUUAGUAAAUUACCUGAAAGAACAUGGUCUGACAUGGGACCAUAUGUUGAACAGAUUAUAGCAUAUACCAAACCACUUGGUGCAUUGUUUGGAAUAGGAUCCAAUAGUGCAGGGGUGGUGAUGAGUAAGGAUUUUGGAACGACAUGGAUUUCAAUCAACUCGUUUGCAUAUCAAUAUGCUUUGAAUACUUCGACAGAAGUCAUUACUGCAAGUACGAUACCAUGGAUGUCAGUGACAGGACCUAUUGAUAGUAUAAUGUCUGAUUCAUUCUGCAAGAUGCGGGUGGCUGGACAGUGGAAUGUUUGCAUCAACGAAAUCUAUGCAAAUCAAAUUUUGUUGGCCAACUGGACUGACACUUGCCCAAACACCAAGCCUUUUUAGACAUUACAUAGUCUUAACUUCAAAAUGUUUACUUUGUUUAGAUAUUUGUAGUUUUAUUUAACGUGCUAUUUUAUUUUAUAUGUAACAAUGCGCUAUUUAGUUUAUUUCAAAUCAUACU